ACCGAGGACAUGCUGCCGAUGAUUAUCAAGUCGAAUGUGGUAUUAUGUCCAAUGAUGCACAUAUUAUAUCGGGUAGCAGUAAUGGUAGUGCUUAUGUGUGGGAUUUACUGGAGGGAAAGGUUUUGCAAAAUCUUGAAAUAAGCAAAACUGGGGGAGUUGUCCACUCCUUGGCCACACAUCCAAAGAACAAUGAAAUUAUAUUUGCCCGUCGAAGAGAUAUAUAUGUUUUCUCCACAGAUACCGAGGUGGAAGAGGGUACAACAGACGACUACGUCUUUACAGAAGCAACAAAAUGAGUGCAUUGAUGAUGACGAGGAUAUUACCGCCUCUCUGGCAGCAAUGAAUCUGACCAUCGGUGAUCAAAUUCAAGAGUUAAGUAAACGUCUAAACAACAUCAAUGAGGAACUACAACAACAGGUACGCGACAAGCAUGGAGCCCUACUGCAACAAGCCACACAUGCCGGUCGAUUUGAUACCGCCCUUAAUUCUUUGGCCGAUGAUGUGCAACAGAUACGUUCCAGCGGAUAUCGCUUAAGGCAACAGGUUGAUAGUCAAUUUCAAUUAAUCGAGAAUCGUACAAAAGUAUUAGCCCGCUUACAUGAGCUGUCGCAUUUGCUGCGUUCCUCAAAAACUCUGCUGACGUUGACCAACAAACUAAAAGGUACCAAGGACGUUUUGAAACAAGCCGAGCUGCAUUAUGAACUAAAUGAGCUAAUUGAAGAUCCUGAUAUGAAGAAAAUUGAAUUUGUUCAGGCUGCCAGAAAUUAUGUCAUCAAUUCGAAACAGAAAAUUCGCAAUCUAACACAAAUGCAGUUGGUGACUGGACUGCAAGAGAGGAACGAACAGCAAGUUUGCAAUGCCCUUAAGAUUUUUAUGAACUUUAAUACUUUGGAGAAAUCCAUGGACAAUUUAAUUACCACAUUCAUAUCCGAUUUGGAGCAGGCCCUCAAGGAAUGUUUUGCCGGUAAUGAUAUAUCGGUCAUGGGCAAAAAUGAUCCCAGCACCAAACCUCUAUCGAGUUCACCAAAAUCUUCGGCUGCAAUGAGGGGUCCAGGCAAAACCCCUCAACUCACAACAACACAAAAUUUCCGUGCAAAAUUUUGGAAAUCUUUACAUUGGCUUAUCUAUGAUGAACUUUACGAAUACUGUACCCAGGUAUUGUUGCUAAACAAGGCCUUGGAACAGGUCCAAUUGGGCGGCAUGGUUAUCUCUCCGAACGGAGAAUAUUUGGUACAAUCAAAAUUUUGGCAAGCCACACAAGAGUUGAUGCGAAAAUACUUCACUGACUGCCCGGCGCAUAUUACCCAAACUCUGCAGGAGGGUCUAUCGAAAUUGUUGAGCUCGGUCCGUGGAUUUGAGGAACGUGUCAAUCGAGAAUUUUUGUUUGAUGAACAGUUGUUUAUACCACUCGAAGUUGGCUAUGUCUCAAAAUGUGGUGCAAAUAUGAAAGCCUGUUUGGCUGGAGUGGAUUUGCCAAAUAACGAAACGGUUGAUAAUUUCAUUCGGGUGGCAGCCACGGAAUUGAGUAAUGCAUUGGUCGAUACACGUCUAAGUAAUUCAGUUUCGGCUGUUUUUAUAUCAUGCAGCAAGGACUUUUGCACCAAACUGGAAUCCCAAAUAAAACUGGGUCCCGAUUCUGUUCAGGUGGUUGAUAUGCCCAACACACAACAAAUACAAAAUACUUUGCUGGCCAAUAUUCUGUAUUAUUUUAAAGAUUCAGUUCGCCGAAUGCUAAGAGAUUUGGGACAACAGCUGGAUAAAACUCAAUCUUCGGCGAAAAAUGAUAUAACCAAAUCCUUGGAGCAUGCAGAUCUAUUGAUAACAACAAUACUGCAGCAGAUCAUGAAUUCUAUUAUAUCAACAAUUAAUAUUAUCAUUCUAAGUAUACAUCGUGAACCCGGUUUGAAUACGGAGAAAAUUUCCACAAGCGGUCCCUCCAUGUAUAUGAAAGAAUUGCAGGAAUUUAUUCAGCGUGUCUGGACAAAUCACAUUUCCGCCUAUGAAGAUAAUGAUAUUGUCACUAAAUGUGCCCAUGAGGUGGCCAAGCGUUGUAUAGAUUUCUUUAUUCACAAUUUGAGUAUAAUGCGACCCAUAAGUCAUGCCGGCCGGCAGAGAUUGAAAAAUGAUUGUGCCCACAUGGAGAAUGCUUUGAAACCACUGUGUAGUAAUAUUUCCGAAUUGGGCAAUUCGGCCCGUAUGUUGAGAGCAAUGUCGUUCCUGAUCAUACAAAAUCCCACAGAAUUAGUUAAGCAAAAUAUUGGUACAGAUUCGCUGGUACCAUCCUAUAUAAUUUUAUUACUGUUAUUUGGCCAUGGCAGCGCGGAAUUGCAAUCGCCCCACACCACAGUGAAUUGGUCAAAUGAACGUCUUAUCGAAUGGCUGGAGGGCCAUAGUGAACGUGAAAAACUUGAACUGAUAUCGGGAGCUUUGCAAAGAUACCGUGACAGUGUACGACGCAAGAAAAGUGAACAAUACGAUGAAGUCUAUCCACUAAUGGUCGAGUUUUUUGAGAAGGCUUCAAAGAACGAUAAUUAAAUUUCUCUAACGCUAUUCCAUUGAAUGGAUUAUAUACACAAUAUAUCUUAUACUUUUGACUAAAUUGCAAUAAAUUAAAUUUUGUUAGUAGUAUUAAAAUAAUAAAACAUAUGUAGCUCCCUAAACUGGUUUUACUUUA